AUGUUCAGGGUGCCAUCUAACUGUCGCUUCGAGGUUGACGAUUUUGAGCAACCGUGGUCCUAUAUUCGGCCAUUUGACUUCAUCCACGGGCGAGAGCUCGAAGGUGCUAUUCGCAAUCCCGACCAAGUUUUUAAUCAAGCAUACGACAACCUAAAGCCAAACGGAUGGUUCGAGAUGUCGACUAUGGAACCGACGACCUAUUCUGAUGAUGGCACGGACGUCAGAGCGACCUCCAUGGUAGAAGCCAUUAAACACAUGCACGAAUCAUCAAAGCUGUUCGGAAAGGACCUGAUGUCAUCGUUAACGUGGAGGCAACGGAUGGAGAAGGCCGGGUUUGUCAAUGUCAAAGAGGAGAUUUACAAGUUGCCCCAAAGUCCCUGGCCGAAAGACCCGAAACUCAAAGACCUCGGCCGAUAUCACCAACUCAACAUGUUGGAGGCUAUGCCCCCAUAUACCUAUGCAUUGCUUACGAGGGUACUCGGGUGGAACCGGGUCGAGAUUGAGGCACUAUUAGCAGGCGUACGCCAGGAGUUGCGCGACCUGUCGAUCCAUCUGUAUACAAAGGUGCAUGUUGUGUAUGGGCAACGACCUGAAUAA